GCGUGGAAAAUGGCGGCCAGGUUGUGAGUUUCGAAGUGAAAACUGUGUUUAGUGCAGGAUUUCACCAUGCAGGCGGAGCAGGCGACACGGGUUCUUAUGCCGGUUGAGGCAGAGGCUUAUGUAGAAGCACUAGAGACUCUAACAAUCAAGGAUAUCGGCACAGAUAGGUGGUUGAAGCAGCAUGAGUACAUAGAGAAGUUGAACAUGCAGGCCAUCAUCAGUGCCUCCAGCAACGAGGAUGAGUUCGUUAAGGAGUUCCUGGUGUCGUAUGACAAGAUCCCAGUCCUGAUCCAUGAGUUGCUGACAGUUGAAGUCUGGACACAGAAGAUCUUCUCCCUGCUGGUGAGGAUGGACUUCCAGCCCUCCAGUACCAUUCCUGUCUACACUGUGCUGUACCAUGAAGCAACCAUCAUCAACCUGCUUGAGACCAUCAUGUACCACAAGGACACAUGUGAGUCAGCUGAAGACACCAUGUUGGACCUGUUGGAUUACUGCUACAGGAAGAUAGUGGACCUGAUAGCCAGGUCCCCUGAGGAGGAUGAAGGUGUGGAGACUCCUCCUAACAUCAGGGAGUUUGUGGAGCAUCCAACUACAUUUGAGGACCUGAAGAAGCAACAGCGAGCAUUAGACUUUGAUGUUGCUGUGAAGGCUGUGACUAUACUGAGGUACAUCACAGACCACCUGGACAGCCUGCCCCUGAGUACGACCCACCGUCUGCUGAACACACACAACAUCCCCAUCCUGCUGGUACAGCUGGUGGAGAACUGUCCCUGGACGCGGGAGUCCGACGGGCGACUCCGUAAGUACGUGGACGGGAAAUGGCAGGAGGUUCCACCGGAGGACAGGAUGAGGCUGACUAAGAUAGAGGGACAGGUGUGGAUUGCCCUGUACAAUGUGCUGAUGGGGCCAGACUGUCAGCAGAAGUAUGAAUAUAAUGACUACAACAAGAACCAAGUGCUGAAGGUGAGAGGUUACCUGCAUGAGGUGCUGCUGGACCAGUUCCCGCACCUGGCAGAGCUGCAGCGGUACCUGGAGCACCUGUCCAUGAUGGAACCACCCGCAGCCAGGAAGGACCUGGUGUUGGAACAGGUACCAGAGGUGAGGGAGAGGAUCCUUCAGGAAAAUAAAGGAAAGUGGGAGGCACUAGCCAAACACCAGGUCAAGACGGUCUUCAACCCCAGUACUGAGCAACUCAAGGAGCUGUCUAAGAGGUGGGCAGUGACCUAUAACCUGGACCUGUUGGAGAGUAUGUUAGUGGACCCGCCCAAGUGUGCGGUUUGCGGGGAGCCGGCCAGCAAGAGGUGUUCCCGCUGUCAGAACGAGUGGUACUGUAGGAGAGAGUGUCAGGUGGGACACUGGCCCAAACACAAGAAGGCCUGCGACCUGAUGACAAAUCCACAGUCUGCCCUGUCAUAGCACUGGGCACUCACAUUACUGUAAAGUGUUAUUUCAACAAUUAAGGUCUAAAGAUAAUGUCUUUCUAGAAACUUUUGAGUUACUAAAUCUAUGCAUUGGAGAAGAUAUGCAUUAAAGGUUCCUCCCACCUAUCUGUGAAUAUUUUCAUCCGGUUGGUAGGUCCUGAUUAAUAGGUGUAAAUUUUCACUUAAACAUAGUAUAUUAAACACCAACUGAAGUACAAGGCU